AUGUCGCACCUGCCUCAGGGGAACCUCCUUCCGCUCAUCCGCGCCGGCGACAUCGUCUCCAUCUGGCAUGACGUCAUCCUCUUCGCCUGCCCAGGCGCGAGUAACUCUCCCCGCCGCGCUUCCCCGCGCGCCACCUCCGCUUCUGCAGCGCGGGGCAAGCCGGCGACUGCUAUUCCCCUCCUCAACUUUAUCUGCACUUCUUCCAAGUCUAGCUCGUUCGCCGCGUCGCUCGCCGGUCGCCGUCGCCGUCUAGCGCUUGACGGCGCCGUCAAAGUCGACGACUCGGAGCAGCGGCCGUGGAACCUUGGGAUCAUCCCGCAAACGUGCGUUCUCGGGCCGUCCCCCGUCACCUCCGCAACCUCCUCCUCCUCCGCACUUCCCGACAAAAGCACCUCCGCAGCAGACGUCGAUCUUUAUCCACUCGACUCCUCUGCCGUCGAUCCCAGCGACCCGUUCAGCCGUCCCGAUGAUUGCGGCGGGUUUCCCGUGAUUCUGGACAACGCGCCGUUAGAGGCGGUGGAGGUGGGUGCAAAGGAGCGCGACCCAGGCGACGUGUUCCCCGUGCUGCCGCUCCUCGCGCUUCCCGUGCGCCUGCGGUCCGGACUGGGGUCGGAAGUUUCGUGGAAGCUGGUCGUUGUGGCGGCGGAUGAUCCGCUCGUUUUGGCUAAGCAGGUGGCGACUAUAGUGGAGACGAUUUUACCGAGAGUCAAAGACUGGGCCGCGGGAGGGUUUGGGUGGUUCGCGGGAGGGGCCGCGGGACUCGAUUCCGACCGUUGGUGGAUCCCCGAAUCUCCGCAGCGCGAGUCGGACGACUGGGAGGGAGCUGCGCGGAAGGCGCAAGGCGUGGUUCUCGAGGCGCACAGCAUAUGGAAGCUGCUGGUUCCUUCGCUCCGCCGCCCCACGCUGCAGCGACGGCAGCGCGUGAGCGAACGCACGGUGGAUGGCUGGCGGGAUAAGCGCGGCGACGGGGGGGACGACGGCGAGAGCAACCUCUUACAGCUCAUCGUGAAACCCGGCGCCGGCGGUGGUCUUGGCGGGUUUGGCGGGGGGAAGGCCCGUGGGAGCGGCGGAAACGGGAGGGAUGGGUCAGGGAACGGAGCGGUGGCGGGGGGAAGGGGAGGGCUCAGCAGGGGGAGGUGUUCCGCCGCCGCGGCUGCGGCGGCUGUUGCGGCAGCUGAGGGGCGCUCGGCGCGCGGCGAGAGUGAUGAACUAAGCGGUAUGAGAGGCGGGGAGGAGGAGGAGGAGGGGCGAGAGGGCGAGGGGACGAGACAUCUGAGACGGACGGCGAGCGGGGAGCAUUCGCGUGGCAGCGGCGGUGGAAAGAACGGCGGCAGGAGCAGCGCGGAAAGCAGCAGCAGCGGCCCUGGCGGCGAGAAGCGCAGAGGCGUGUUGCCGCAGAUUUCGCCGCGGUCCUUGUCAAUGACAACCGUUGCGCGCGCGCUCGUGAAAACCGCCACGUGGAGCAGGGCGCCUAGUCUUAACGGUACCAGUAGUGGUGGUACUACUGAUGAUAGGGACGUUAGUGGUGAGAGGAUAAGUGCUGGGAGUAAGAGCUUCGGUGCAGGCGGUAACUACUGUCCUAUCGGUGACGAAAGUUGUUACGGCGUUACCAGCGGUGGUGGUGAGCGGGUGCGGAGUGGGGCAAGGGGUGCGUUCAGCAGGAGCAACACGGCAUCAAGCACAUACAGCUUCGUGAGCAUGGGGAGCAUGGCCAGCAGCCACAGCAGCCGCUGCAGCAAAAGCCCUGCUGCCAUUCCACACCUUCCUGCUGCUACUGCUGCUACUGCUGGGUAUCACGGUGCUGGCAAGGGUCACAGAAUCGACAGACUAGUGGUCGAUGGGCGGAGUGGGGAAACAGAUACAACGGCUGGUUCGGGAGAAACAGGCGGCGGACGCCGCCCAUUCACCCCGCCUAUGGGCCGGUCAAAGACCGAACCCAAAAACCGUGGUACUGGGCAGGGGCAACCGCGCAGGGUCCUGUCACCCAGUAAUGCACACGAUGCUGCUGCCUCUGCUCACGACAAUCGCGACAAUUACGAUCGUGACUCGGAUGAGGAUGAUUCGGACGAUGAUGACAACUUUGCAUUCUCUCAGCCCACUGCACCUUAUGGCCUGAUCCCAACACCUCACAGCCUCACCCCAACGCCGGGCGCCGCCAGGCGAAUGUCGGAGUCUCACUCCCCUCUGCCCAGCCCGCCCGUGCUGAAUCGCCGCUGGUCCCUCACCUCCAACACUGGCUUCACAGGGGAAGGAGCGGGGGCGGGGCACAAUGGCCGGAACGUGUUUGAUGCCUCAGCUGGGGUUAGGGGCAGGGAAGUGGAUGGUCGGCAGGGGAGCCGGGGGCGGGAUGGUGGGUGGGAGGCAGAAGGGAGGGCAGUGGAGGAGUGGAGUGAUGACUGCUCCAGCCAGGCGAGCUCUAGCCAUGCUAGUGUUGAGUCUUCCAACAGCCACUACGGGCAGCAACUGCGGGAACGGAGAAUGCUCCCCAAAUUACCCACACUCCCCAAGUCACCCUCUGUGCCUAAAUCACCCGCUUUGCCCAAGUCACCCGCACUACCCAAGUCACCCUCUCUUCCUAAAUCGCCCGCACUGCCCAAGUCAUCCGCACUAUCCAAGUCAUCCACAAUGCCCAAGUCACCCUCCCUGCCCAAGUCACCUUAUGCUGAAAAGAAUGGGUUGCGAGGGGGGGUCCGCAUGGAACGACCACAUCCUCCCGAGAGCAACCACAUGGGGGCAUGCGAGAGCAGUAUAGGAGGGAGCAGCAGGGGUGUAUCUUCUGAGGUGCCGCAAACCAGAGGAGGCACUAGGAGGGGUGUGCGGAGCAAGCAGCGGGGGCAGCAGCUGGUCCCGGAAUGUUUUUCGACCGAGUCUGAAGUUCCGAUGAGAUCCAUGAGUCCCAGCAGUAACAUGCUCGCCAGAAGUAUGUCGUAUGACCAGCCGUCACCGCAAGUAGCAGCGGUUAUAGCUGCUGAAGCGCCGCUGCCAGAACCGCCGGGGCGGCGAUUCGCAAGGAGCCAGACAGAAGCCAGUAACAGGCUGGAUGAGGCUCGACCCAAGUCCAGCUGUGAGGCUAGAGCUGGAGGGGGGGUUGGGAGGAGUUUGGAGGAAUGUGAUGUGCAUUCUCGGCCUCCCAAAUCUCCUCUGGCCAGGAUGGUAUCCUCUGGGAUUCUCCUUGCACAGGGUGGGGGAGGCCGGCGAUGA